AUAACCAAAUGCACCACGGCACCAGUCACAAGGACAUGAGUCAUUCCCCACUCGUUUUACCCUCGUUUCUCCGCCAUGGCCUCAUUCCGCCCCCACCAAUUUAUCUCAGCCAUGGGCGCUCCUUGAUCUCGAGGUCGCGCCGGAGCCUGGGUGCACGGCUGCGCUCUCCCUUCGCCGACCCUCGCAUGGUAGAUCGAGGUCGCCGCCGCCCGAUCUCCCCGCCACGGGGUCGAUGGCCUCUUCCUCUCCGUCAGCACCGCCGGCCGAGCUCGAUUCCGGUGCAGUCGGAUUCAGCUGGGAGGCACACAGAAGAGCUAGCCGGGAUUCGGCAGGGAGGCGUGCACGAUCAGCUAUUGGAAUUGCUUCAGUCGAUCUGUCGAUGGAUGUUUUUUUACUAUCAAAAUAGUACUGAGGCCACAUCAAGCCACGACGACCGGCAUGAGUUCCCCACCACACGCGCGAGUUCUGACCCUCCGCUGGCUCGGUCCCCGACCACCCUACCUCCCUGCCGCACGCCCGCCCCUCUGCGUCCCUUCUCCGCCGGCAGUGUGAGAUGUUUGAGCACAUGCAUCUUGGCUCCUGCACAUUCCGAAGCCCAGCUAAAGCAUAAACAUGUUGAAUCUCAGAAUCUGGACAUAUUGAUAUGUUCACACCACAUACAUUGGCAUUACUCGCCUUCAGCCUGGUCGUCAGCCUUCGACGCCAUGGAAGCCAUGGCCAGAGGAAGAUACCAAAGGACAACUCAAUAA